AUGAAAAUCCAGCUGCUGAGCCUCGUUUCGGCAGCUGUGGCUCUUUCGCUGCCAGAUUUUCCCGCCCUGCCGGAUUUAGUCAAAAUAGUCAAGAACUCUUUCCAUGGAAAUUUUACUGCACAGACCGUUGAGGAGCCACAAGAGUUCCUUCCAACGAUUGCAAAGAUCAGGGCCAUGACGGAUCAGGACAGACUUGGCAUGCAGGCUGAGCUGAAAGCCAUCAUUGAUCAUUUUCGAGACGGCUGCCAUGGAGCAUUGUCUGUGUGUCUAGAGACCGAAGAAGCUGCAUACACUUUUGAGCAGCUUGCCUUGAUGGUGGCUAGCAUCCGAAGAGCACUUCGCAAGGCUCUCUUGGGUUUGGUAAUGAGUUGCGCCAAGUGCAAGCAGUGUCCACCUGAGGGCACUGACACUUGGUGCGUGGGCUGUUCUGCCUGGGAAGCCCUGGGGCACGAAUUGACAGGGCGCUGGUUCUGCCCGGCGGUCAGGGCUUUGGCCAACGACCAGCUCGUGAGCGCUGUCAAGCACAUACGUGCGCUCCGGGCUUACUCUUCUUCCCUCCAGAGCGCUGGUGAUCGCCGCGCCGCUCGGGAGGGAAAGGAGACAAGCCAGCCGGCCGAGGCAGCAGACCGGGCGCCCCUUCCCAGGAGCCGGGAAGGAGAGCACCCCAGGGGCUCCACAGACGUCAAGGAGCAAGAGGGGUCCUCUGAGGAGUCUCUGGAGGAAUCCGGAGAGUCUUCUCCUGGGCAACAACACCUGUUUGCCAAGAGCGACCCGGCCAGGCGGCCACCAGAGCCUGAGCUACCGCCCAUUGUAAGGCGGCCAGACGCUAGCAGGAAGAGGCCUGCACCUGAGGAGCCGGCUGCCGCUGGGGAAGUUGCUAAGAAAAAGAAAAAGAAGAAGAACAAGGACAAACGAGACAGGCGUGGGAACCGAGGAGGUCCCACCGAGAUGGCAGGUGACGCUGUGAGGGCUUUCACUUUUGAAGACAAAGAAGGAUGGGAGGCACUUACGGUGCAGAAAGGGCAGGUGAUAGAGACGGACCUGCCCGUCAGCGAGGAUGUGGCUGCAGGAGAAGCCAUUUGUGCCUUUUUGGUUCAGAAGGUUCUGCUUUCAGUGACCGGGGACUUGUUGUUGAUGGUCAAGAGCUUGGGAAGCGAAGACCCGGGUCUGGCCAAAAAGAUGUCAGCAACUUUCAACAGAAAGAGAGGCACCAUACACCUCUGUGGGGGCGCCUGCCGUGUAAUGGCGAAUCACCCGCUCCACAUUGGGUCCUUGAGGAUCUACGAAGGCGAGACCUACGAGGCGGACUUUGUGGGGGCCUAUGCAAAGAAAAACUUUCAGAAAUGGCUGGACGAAGACAUCAAGGUGGUAGGCGAAGAAGGUCAGGACUUUCUGGACCUGGAUGGCGUGGAGCUUUCUUCAGGCGAAGAGGCGGCGGCAAGAGCUGCCGAGGCGGCAAAGAAGCCGACGAGCCGGAGAGACACUGGCGCUGGCGAGCCCGCCGUGCGACGGAGUCGUCCUGGAGCUCCCGCUGCGGGGGGCGCCCUUCCAGGAGACAUGGGUGCUGGCGACAAGGGGGGAAUCGACCAAGAGACAUUGAAAGCCCGGCUUGCCGCAUUGCGGCAGAGGCUGACGGGAGUAGCACCGGGCUAUUCUCCCUCCUUGGCCGACGGGAAGCUGGAGGACGGGACUCAUCUCCCUCCUGGUCGGGGCGAUGGGGGCCCCUCAGGAUCAGGCAGGGACAAGAAGAAGCGCAAGACAAAGGCAGAGGAUCACAGAGAGGAGCGCGACAGAGGAGGCCGAUUGGAGGUUUUAAGAGGCGGCACUUCGAGCACCUUGCAACGACAGUUGGUCCAGAGGGCGACCGACACAGCUCUGAGGAAAGCCGAGGACAAGAAAGCGGAGAAGAGGAAACAUCGGAAGAAGGAUGUCUCCACUCAGCUGUUGAAGAUCCUUACCAAGGGUGCCAGGUCGUCCAAGAAGAGAAAGAAAGACGGGGAGACCUCGAAGAAGAAGAAGAAACGCAAGAGAAGAAAAGGAGGAAGUGGGGGGUCGCAGGACCCGGACCAUUCGAGCUCUCCGACAUCGAGCUACGGGGGCAGCUCCAGUGGGCACUCGGAGGGGGAGUCAAGCUCAGACUCCCUGGAGAUGGAUGCCCCCCUCAAGAAGAGGAGCAAGGAGAAGCCGGGGUCGGUGCUAGCGCUGUUGGUGGAGCACGCGCGCCAGCAGUUGGACCAGACCAGCAAGGUCUCAGUCCAGCCGGCCGGCCGGGACAAGCUGAGCAGCUACUUCAGCAUCGUGGUCAGGCCGCAAUUGGGGCAAAUUUCCGGGCCUGUGCGGGAGAUGCAUCUCCUCGCAAAUGGCCUGGACCUGCUCCGCCAAGGGGACCUCGACGUGUUAGGGGACCUAUUGGCGAGCCGCUUCAUGUCCGUGCAUCAGUCACUGCUGGACGGCGGAUGGAGCACGGCCCGUCAUUUGGAGCUGAUGCCCAUGGAGGACUCCACGGCGGCAGGAAACGCCAUAGUACUCCAGGCAAGGAAGCAUGCAAAGCUAGCUGCAAAGCUCAACAGCCAGGAGUACUGGACGGGGUCCGCGGGCGGCCGAGGCAGAGGCGGCCGUGGAAAGGGCCAGCAAUGGGGCGAUUCGCACUGGCCCAGCAACAACGACGGAAAGUCAAAAGGGAAGAAAGGGGGCAAGGGCAAAGGCAAGCAGAAAGGAGGUUGGCCCGCGCCCUCAGCAGGCGAAGGAGACAACGCACAGAAGACACGCGAGUGUCUUAGCGAGAUCUGGAUGAUGCCAGGUGGACGCCAAGCACACCCGGGCCAUGCUCGUUUGCGUGGCUCAGUUUUUCCCAUCCGUGAAGGGGGGUUGCAUGUUUUUGUGAGUGUUUUUGCCCGCCUUGAUGUGCGCAGCGCUGUUUCUGACGUGCAGCUGCAGCACUAUGCGGUCGACGCGUGGGUAUAUUUAUGCCUACGGAGUUUGAAUGCUCUGGCGGGUGCCGCGGCUGGCUUGGUGCCGGGCCGCUGGACUGCUUCAGAGCUCGCUGCCCAGCGUAGUGUCAGGGCUGCUGUGACUAGAAAACUGGCCACAGAUAGCAUCAGAGCGCCGUUGACACUGGAAGGGUGGCAAAAAGAGCUCCAUGGGCGUCAAGUAGGGUAUACGGGUGAAGAGUUGUCAACGUGCCACAAGUUGACAUGGGAUCAGGUGAUUCCAGCUCUCCCGCCAGAGGGUCACGGGGGCAGCAUAAAAGCUAUUGACUGGGUAGGCCCCCAAACUUUGCGGUUUUUGUUGAACCCAACACUCCUUCUUAAGGAACCUGAACUGGUUGAGUUACCGAAGAUGCCUGGGAAAGUUCGCAUCGACGAGGGCGAUAAGCUAAAGAUUGCAUUGGAACUGGUUCGUAGGGGCGUUUGCGAGUGGAUUCCUUUUGAUGAUGUCUAUUCAAUUGGGGGAAUUAAAGUGUUGAACGGCUUGUUUGGAGUGGAGAAACCAGCGUUGUUGGAAGAUGGUCGAUGCGUGCUCAGAUGUAUCAUGAAUUUAACUGGUUCUAAUGCUACACAAUGGCAAUUGGAAGGUGGCACGACUUCACUUCCUACAAUUACAGCAUGGCAAGGUAUUGUUCUUGAUGAAGGGGAAUCUAUUCAACUUUUUCAAUCUGAUAUGUGCAGUGCAUUCUAUCUUUUUGAAUUACCGGCUAUUUGGAGAAAGUUUCUCAGUUUCAAUAUUGUCGUUUCCUGCAGCGAGCUGGGGCUUCCGGGGAACAACAAGAUGGCAUUGGCAUGCAAAGUCAUCCCCAUGGGAUGGCUUUCUAGCGUUAGCCUCAUGCAGGAGAUCUCUGAAAAUUUGUUGAAGGUGUCUGGUCUUAACCCCCGAAAUCAAGUGGCGCGAGGGGUCUCACUACCGCAUUGGUUUUCAGACAUUUUAACAGAGGCCAAGGACACUCAAGCUUUUUGGUGGCAUAUCUAUUUAGAUAAUUUUUGUGCUGGUGAACGACUUGCGCCAUGGAGUGCGACAGACCGUGGCCGUAUGGCCCACGAGGCCGCUGAAGCAGCUUGGAGUGAAGCAGGCGUUUUAUCUUCGAGCAAAAAGCGAGUAACAGCAGCAGCUCGCGCACUGGAAUUGGGAGCUGAGAUUGAUGGAGAGCAAGCAAUGCUGGGAGUCUCCAGUCAGAAAUUACUGCAUGUGAUUCUAUCAACACUAUGGCUAGUGACACGGCCUCUCAUGAACCGGAAACAUGUACAGAUUAUUGCAGGGCGUUGGAUGUUCAUCCUCCAGUUUCGUAGGCCAGCAAUGAGCUUCCUUCAGAAACUUUGGCACUUCACUGGGGGGCAUAAGCGGAUCACCAAGACACUGCGAGAUGAGGUGCGAAAGGAACUUUUGAAUUUGGUAGGAGCAUCUCUUCUCUUCCACUGCAAUCUGGGCGCCAAAAUAAUGAACUAUGUGGUGGCCAGCGACGCCUCUACAACUGGUGGAGCAAUUGGCUGGGCAGAGGAACUGACUGAGACAGGACAUGACUUCAUACAGGCAUGUCAGAAGCUUGAACGUGCACCCACAAGUCAAACAAUCCCAGUGUUGGUAAUUAGCCUAUUCAAUGGAGUAGGCGGGGCCUUCCGCGCCUACGACAUUAUUGGCGUGGUCCCUUUAGCAAGGAUAGCUGUGGAAAUGGACAAGGGGGCCAACAGGGUGACAAGCCAUCGCUGGCCGGGCACAGUGAUUGUGGAAGAUGUUAGACUGGUGACUUCAGAAAUGAUACAGCAGUGGAGCCGGCUUUAUUUGGGAGUGAAGGAAAUCCACUUGUGGGCAGGUUUCCCCUGCACUGACCUUUCUGCAGUCAAGUACAACCGUUGUAAUCUCUUGGGAAGCCAGAGUUCACUGUUUUGGGAAGUGCCCCGAAUUUCAAAGGAAGUCAAGACCCACUUUGGGCCAAGCGUCACAGUAAAAGAGGUUUUGGAAAAUGUGGCGUCAAUGGACCGCUCAGCAGCCACCGAGAUCACCGAGGAGGUUGGACAAAUCCCUUAUAAGUUGGACUGCGUCCAAGCAGUUCCCAUGCGUAGGCCACGUUUUUGUUGGACGACGGAGAAGUUAGAAUCUCUCCUACCGGAUGUGUCAGUGGUUCCAGGGUCCUAUUUCAAAGAGGUCAUCGCUGAAGCUGAGUACCCCUUGACACAACAGUGGCUUACACCGGGUUUCACUUGGGAAGGCGAAGCGCAGGGAUUGGAGAAAUGUGACAGCGCGUGUCAGGAGUACUAUGCCACUCUGUAG